AUGAGAUCCCAUCCUGAUCGUCGUAUUGCCGGGUCAGAGAAGAUCUGUGUUGAGGCUGCUCAUACCUUGGCGCACGAAACAAAUAAUCUCAUCACUGAGCCACGCACAAUCCCAGUCCCAAGUUGGGUCAACCCAUACGCGAUCAAUUCCAUUGUCGCAAUUUUCAUUGCUCUCAUGAGAUCUCCGCGCAGGUGGUCUAGAGAAGUGGACCUCGCGUUACUACGAAGCAUGCAUCAUUGUUUCCAAAACCGAGAGGAUCCGGCUCUCAUGGGUCGGUUUGAAUCACUACUGGAUAUGUUAACUAGAGCUGUGGAAACACACUCUACUGUGAAUUUAUCCUCGCCGCAGAUGGAGGUUGGUCGACACAAUCUCUCCCAGGCCGAUACCACCAGUUGGUCAGAAACAAGAGGUGGUGAGAUGCAUCAGAGUGGCAUUUCCGACUUUGGCGAUACUUCAAAUCAUCAUGAAAGAGAUUUUCAAUUCGACGAUUUGUUCGGCAAUCAGUGGAAUUCAUGGAACUUUCAGUUAUGGCCCUUGGCGCCGGUCGAGGAGGAGGAUGGAAUGUAUAUGAAUGCCCCUGGUAGUGCUUUUAAUGUAUAA